CACUCUGACUCUACUCUGAAAUUUUGCUUUGAUUGGUUCCAUUUCAAUUGCAACUACCACAUGAAGGUGAAAGAUGGCGGAGGAGAAGCCAAAAGGAGUAGGAGAAGAAGCGAAAGAGGAGAGAAAGGAGAACUUAUACGAUGUCGUUCAGGGUCUCAUCUUCGAACCUUCUAAGAUCAAGGCCACCCUCGUCCCUCUCUUCCCCGAAGCUUCUAGAAACUACUCUCGCCAUCUCCUUCUCUGCUUCCGUCAAGCCUCUCCCCUCCGACGCCUCCUCUUCAUCUCCGUUGCGACGGUUGCUCUUGUUGCUCUCUCAGGACUUGUUGCUUUUAUGCUCUUCUUUCUGGCUGCAACUAUAAAUGCCAUUUUUGUCUCUCUUCUAAUUUGUUUGGCAGUAGCUGGAGGGUUCUUGGCUCUAUCCUUUGCUUUUGUGACAGCUGUAUAUAUUGGAGCACUAUCAGUAGCCAUCUUUGCUAUUUCCACAGUUGUUUUUUGGGCUGUUGUGGCUAUUGUUAUUACUGCAGGAUGGGUUGGAUUCCUUUAUACCUUGUGGCUGGGAACUAGAAAGAGCAUUGAAUUUGCAAAACUAUCUUUGAGUGCGACUGGCUCUGCAAUUACUACUUAUUCUGCUGCUUGGGGUACUCGCAACCUGGACCACAAAAAAUCAAUUUAGGUGCUGGUUACUUAUAGAACCAUGUACACAAAUCUUACACAUGAAUGUUUGUUGGAAUGGCGAAAGCAUCUUAUAUUUCAUCUCUCGUGGUUUGGUUUAAGUGUCUGUCAAUAACAUGCUUGUAUUAUGUCAAUAAAAAUUCCACGGUUUGGUUGUGUGCGUUUUAGCCCAAACUAAUGUUGAUAAACUCCAGGAUGAAAUGUAUUCUGCUUCAGUUUUUAAAUGGAAGAACAUGAGGCUUUUUUCUUUA